AUGAAUAGUAACGACAUCAUCAUUCUUUUGACAAAAUGUAUCAAUUUUGCUGCAGUUAAGCACAAGAACCAGAGGCGGAAAGACAAAGAACAAACGCCUUACAUAAAUCAUCCAAUAGGUGUUGGCUACAUAUUGACCAAUGAAGCAGGCAUCACGGAUCCAGUUGUUAUACAAGCUGCAUUCCUUCAUGAUACUGUUGAAGACACAAACACAACAUUCGAGGAACUAAAAGAAACGUUUGGAAAUGAUGUAGCUGAUGUUGUUGCUGAGGUAACAGAUGACAAAACUCUUGACAAAAUGGAACGCAAGAGGCUGCAGAUUGAAAAUGUGAAAUCUAGCAGCCCCCAUGCUAAACUUGUAAAAUUAGCAGACAAAUUGUAUAACCUCCGUGACCUUGACCAGACAAUCCCUGUUGGAUGGACUCCUGAACGAGCCAGAGAAUAUUUUGAAUGGGCAGAGAAGGUUACGGAUUCAUUUAGUGAAAAUAGUUUGAAAGUCAUCCAUAGAUCUGAUGCAAAAGAAUUCACCAUUGAGCUCCCGCCAGAAUUACCAGAACAUCCCAAGAGCAGUCAAGCUGUUCUUCAAUAUGACUGGUUGGACAAAAAUACUGUAGAUCUCAUCCAUACAGGUGUUCCAGAACACUAUCAGAGAAGAGGUAUUGCCAAAAUCCUAGCCAAGAAUGCUAUUGAUUACUUCCUUGACAAAAACAUAGAGAUGAAAAUAACAUGUACAUAUUUAAUAAAGUUUGUGAAAGAUACAAAUUAUCGCUCAUUGGCAGAAACACAUUGUUCUUAA